AGUCGGCCGGAUGUGGCGUCACCACGGUUUUUUUUCCCCCCUAGCAAAAUGGCGUCUGUGACAACAGCCACAUCUGAGUGGAUCCAGUUCUUCAAAGAUGCAGGAAUCCCUCCGGGUAUGGCUGCCACCUACGCAAUGUCAUUUGUAGACAACAGAAUUCAGAAAACCAUGCUGAUGGACCUCAGUAAGGACAUCAUGAUGGACUUGGGGAUCACAGUCAUCGGGGACAUCAUUGCCAUUCUCAAACACGCCAAGCAUGUGUACAGACAGGACAUGUGCAAAAUGGCCACUGAAGCCAUUUCCUCUGGCCAGACCAGCGUUCAGGCUGAGCUGAGGCGCACUGCCAAUACCCCCGCCACCAGGAUGAUCGCCAAUGCCUUGAGUCGAGACUCCCCACCCAGCACCCCUGCGCGUCGCCCUGACAACCGUCUCUCUGUGACCAUCUCCAACAAGAGCUCCAAAACGGUUGACAGUCAGCCUUCAGCAGAUGCGAACGGAUUGCCGGUGAAACGGCGGCGAGUGACUUCAGAGAUGGAAGGGAAGUACAAGAUCAGCAUGCCGAAGGGCACCACCGCCCGUAGCCGACGCAUUCUGGCCCAGCAGGCUAAGAAAGCCAAGAGUUUGAAACGUACUUCUGUGUUUGAGAGACUGGGCUCAGAAUCUAAGACAGACACAGCAACAGCAAAUAAGCAGGUAACAGGAGUGUUUAGCCGUCUGGGCAAAGUGGACGAGGAUGACAGUGCAGAGAGGGAUAUUGUAGACGGGGCCACUGCCAACGAAGAUGAAGACAGCGACGGCGAAGGCUCUGUGCUUCAGUAUGCCGGUGUCCUUAAACGUCCCCUGGCGCCUACCAAAAAAGAGCCUGUCACCCAAAAAGCUGAACCAGUCGCUCUGUAUCGCCUGGGCAACAAAUCUAAACUCCCAGUGUCCGAGAGCACUCCUUCCACUGUUCCCUCCUCCACCUCGUCCAGCCAGGAGGGGGCGCCCAAACGGAGAAUACUCCGGAGGUUGGGUAAAGCUCCCACAGCCAACCCUGCCCCUGCAUCCUCUUCCAGCUUACGAUCUAGCCAAUCAACAGAGACUCAGGAUAGUCAGGUGACCAGCAGCAGGAGCAAGGCGAGCUUUGCUCUGGCCAGCCCUAAAGUCAGCAGCAGCACAGGAACAGGCAGGGACUCUCACGGGGCUCAAAUGGACGCUACCACAGUCAGUGUGUUCAAAAGACUCGGGGCCAAGAAGAUCUAAUGCGCACAAACACUCCCUUCUUUUGGAUUCCUGAUCUCCAAGUAUCCCACAUUCAGGGUUUAGGAUUAAAGAGUAGUUGUCCCCUUGGUGCAUAUAGGAAUGAUCUCAUGCACCGUUAACAUUCUGCAAACUCUUUAACUACUUUCACAUACCUUUCUAUACCUCUAAAAUCCCCCCACUUUGAGAAAGUCCUUUCAGAUUUUUUUUGGGGGUGGGUUUCUACAGUAGUUUUGUACAGAAAGGCAGUUAGGUAUGUGACUAUAUCCUCUAAACACACUUUGCAAUAUUAUAAUGUUGUAUUUAAGAGAUUUUUACAUGCAUCUUUACACAUUGGGCAGCAAUGUGUUCAAAAUGAAUUUGUUUUGUUUCAUAGAGUGUACAGAAAUUGCAUUGCUCUGAGAAGGAAACAUGAUUUCUCCAAAAUAAGGUACUUGGGAAGGCCUUGUUUUUUAAGCUGCUGGAUAUUUUUUGUGCUGAAUAUCACUGACUAAGCCAUUUCACAUCAACAUGCAUCACUCGCAAUACUGUAAAACAAGACCGAUGUCAUCUCAUCUCCAUUGAACUGUCCACCUUUUUCAUAGCCGUUAAGGACUUGUAAUAUGAUGUAAAGACAUGCACACCGUACCUCCAGUCUCUGUCAAAACACUCCCUGACCUCAGCUGUUACUUUAAAGCUCUCAGUUUUCCUUCUUCUGAGUUGAGCCAUGUUAAGUGUUACCUAGAUGUAAUGAGUGAGCAAAGUGUCAUCUUCCCCUGCUGGGAAAUAGGAUAAUGUUGCUAGGCAACACACACGGCGAUGGACCCUAGAGUGAUGUUGUUUUUCACCCCUGUUUGAGGCCACCAUGAAAAAAAAAAGCAACAUGUUGGUUUGUAUUACACCAGCAGGUGCUGACCACAAUCUUGUAAUUAAAUUUCUUAACCUGGCCUUUGACACCGAGUCACCCGAUUUUUUUCUAUAAUUAUUUUUGCUUUAUUUUAAUUUGUUAUGCCUUUUAAAGUAGACCUUUCUUACAUUGUACAGAUUUUAAAAGGGGAAAAAUUUCAUUUUGUAACAUGGUUGUAUUUGCAAUUGAGUGACCAUAAACAGGGAAGAAAAAAAGCACACUGUCUUGCUCUCUGCUUUGAGUCUUUCACUUUAAAUGUAGUUGAAUUUUUAAAAUACAUCUUGUGGACUUUUUGAGCUGCUGUCAGGCACCAGAUCACAUUUUAAAUCAGGUCAUUAAUAUAGACCUCUGAUAUACCUUGAAACUGGAAGAGAUGUUGGAAAAUCAAGAAUGUAAUAGCACCAUGUUAUAAAAACCUAUAACAGCUGGCUAGAAUUAACACUUUAUGGCCAGAUGGGUUUUUUUGGACAUAUGACCAUCACAAUCCAACUUGCUCUUUAAAGAUCCUAUUACAGAUUUAGGUUAUAAUAUCCUCCACUGUCUUAGGAAGACUUUUCCUUGAGGAUUUGCCUUUUCAGCUACAAGAGCAUUAGUAAGGCCAAGCGAGGAGGCCUGGGGUGCAACCAGCUUUCUAGUUCAACCCCAAAGGUGUUCACUGUGGUUGUGGACGGGGCUUAGUGCAGGACACUCAAGUUCUUCCAUUCCAGCUUUGGAAAACUAUGUUCUCAUGGAGCCUGCUUUGUGCAGAGGAGCAUUGUCAUGCUGGAAUAGAUUCUCUUCAUUCCACUGAAGGAAAUUUGUAAUGAUACAGCAUACAAAGACAUUCUUUGCAAUUGUGUGCAUCCAAUUUUAUGCCCACUCCAAAAGUAUUGGGACGACAAAGCCAGUUUGUUUUUUCUUGCUGUUCACUAAAGAUCUUUGGUUUGCAGUCAAGCCAUGAAUAUGAUACAAUAGAUCAGAAUGUCAGCAUUUAUUUCCUGAUAUUUACAUCUGGAUGUAGUAAACAACCUGGAACAUGGCAGCUUUGAUUUUUUUCUUUCUUUCCAAGUGAUCAAAAAUAUUGGAAUGGACUGGUGUACCCUGUUAAACGGAUUAAUAGCUCUGAAGUUUGCCUGUGAAGACUGCAUUUGUUGUUAAAAAAGGAUAAACCAACGUGGAGACCAGAGAGCUGGACAUGCAAGCAAUUUUGAGGGCAAAAUGACCAAGAACAGGGAAUGUCCAUAAAAAGGAGGAUAUCACUGGUGUACUAACAACUAGACAUCAAACAGGUCAGCCAGCAGAAAAGCAGAAAUAUUGAAGCCAUACCACUAGAUGCAAAUCACUCAUCAGCAGUAAGAUUCAGAAGGCCAGAUUUCACAAAGAAAUAACGAGAUGAGCCACAAAAAAUCUGGAACCAAGAUGAAUCUCUGUCAAAAUGAUGGAAAGGCCAAACUGUAGAGAAUGGAAGGAUCUGCUCGUGAUCCAAAACAAGCUCACUGGUUGAGAAGUGUGGUAGUAGUGUCAUAGCUUGGACUUGGCUGCUUCGGGAACAGACUCACUAUUCUUCUUUGGUAAUAUAACUCAUGGUGGUAUGGCAGCAGAAUGAAUUCCGAAGUCUACAGAAACAUUUUACAGAGAAAUGCCUUGAGUCGUAUUGGGAGGAAUUGCAUCAUACAGCAAGACAAUUUGUCUUAAUUUAAUCUGCAUAAUCUAUCAUUUGGACUCACAGUACACAAGGAUUGCACAGGAUCUAAUUUUAUAUUAUUAUAUUUCCUAUUAGUAAUCAUUAUAAUCUCUGUUUAGUUGGCUCGCGUUAACACUAGAAAGAAAAAAGAAAUAUGUGAAGGCUGUUUGUUUCGGUUGCAGUUGCUCAGGUCUCAUUGGGAGUCCCCCCUGUAUAUGACUGUGCCGAACAUACGAACUGAAAAACAACCUUCUGAGCAUGAUCAAACAUUCUACUUAUUCAACACUGAAUUUUUUGGAGCAUGUUCCUUUAUAUUGCAGGGAUGGCACUACUGUGAUCAUCGAAUCGGAAAUAACUAACAGUAUAGAUUAUGACAUAUCACAUAAAUAAACCACAUUUUUUCCAAGUAAUCCCUUAUAUAGUUAAUUCUUAGCCCCUUGCUAUUUAUUCAGUACCAUUGCUGCCUUUCUUUUCAUUUCAUUAAAGCAUCCAUAUUAAGAACACAUAUAAAUGCCUCUUUUUAUUAAAAACUGUAUUAUUACAGGUUCAACAGUCACUCUAUAAGAUAGAGUAUUUCAUUAUAUGUACACCUUUCUUGAAUAUAAUACUUUCUGGAUUUUAUCUUAUUACAAACGUCAUUGAGGGCAGUGAUUGCAGUGUGGCACUGUUUUAACACACUGAAGGUGAAAUGCAAUGCAACAAGGAAUAACAUUCAUUUCUGACAUAAUAUCU